GCAUGGAUGAAAAAUUGUCAGAUGUUGAAUUAUGGAACCGACUUGGUGAAGCAGAAUUAUGUGGUGGAAAUAAAUAUGCUACUCAUCUUUCAAUCUUAUACACAUGCCUUCGAACGAUUAAUCUUUUGGAAAAUCCUUAUGCUUAUAAUAAGAAUAUGCGUGCCAGCCCUUCUCGUAUAUAUGCAAAUGCCGCAUUACAAUGUUAUGUUGGACUUCGUUCAGUUCCCUUUUUACGCCGUAGGGCUGUAUCUCACUUCUGGAAACUAGCUAUUAAAGAAAAAGGCUGUUUCAGUUCUGAAGAUAAAUGGCUUGAAAUCGCACUUAUUAGGGAUCAAAAUAACGACAUUUUGGAAAAUGUAGCCAAUAGGAUUAGUGAUUAUAUUUUUCAUGUCAAAAGUAGUUAUUGCACAUGA